AUGUCCGAUUUCCAACUAGAGAUUUUGAAAAAGCUAGACGAAUUGGACGAAAUCAAGUCCACUCUGGCCACGUUCCCUCAGCACGAGUCGCAAGACGUGCUUUCUGCGCUCAACUCGCUGAAGGCGCACAGUAAGCUGGAGUUCUCCAAGGUCGACACCGUCACGUACGAGCUGACCAAGGAGGGUGCCCAGAUCUUGAGUGAUGGGUCGUACGAGAUCAAGCUGGUCAAGCUUAUCCAGGAACUGGGUCAUCUGCAACUUAAAGAAGUCAUGUCCAAGCUGGGCCCUCAGGUCGGCAAGGUCGGCCAGGCUAGAGCGUUCAAGAACGGCUGGAUUGCCAAGAACAACGGUAACGAGCUCGAACUGUCUGCUAAGCUACAGGGCACGGACCUGAACGGGCUGGUCGACGAAACACAGGCCGUUCUGGCGCAGAUCAAGGCCAAUUCCGACCUCGAGAGCAUCGACGCCAAGACUUUGAACGACCUCAAGAAGAGAAAACUGGUCGUGCAGGGCAAGAUCACCGACUUCCACGUCAUCAAGGGCGCAGACUUCUCCACCGAACUCACCAAGUUGGAAACCGACCUGACCUCAGACAUGGUCUCCACCAAUGCAUACAAGGACUUGCAGUUCAAGCCUUACAACUUCAACUCCCAGGGUCUGCAAGUGAACUCCGGUGCGCUGCACCCCUUGAACAAGGUCAAAGAAGAGUUCAGACAAAUCUUCUUCUCCAUGGGCUUCACGGAAAUGCCCUCCAACCAAUACGUCGAAACUGGGUUCUGGAACUUCGACGCCCUGUACGUCCCACAACAGCACCCGGCCCGUGACCUGCAAGACACGUUCUACAUCAAGGACCCGCUCACCGCGGACUUGCCCGAGGACAAAACCUACAUGGCCAACAUCAAGGCCGUCCACGAGCAAGGUAAGUUCGGCUCCAUCGGUUACCGUUACAACUGGAAGCCCGAGGAGUGUCAGAAACUGGUCCUGAGAACGCACACCACCGCCAUCUCCGCCAGAAUGCUGCACGCGCUGGCCAAGGACCCAAAGCCCACCAGGCUGUUCUCCAUCGACCGUGUGUUCCGUAACGAGGCCGUCGAUGCCACCCAUCUCGCUGAGUUCCACCAGGUCGAAGGUGUCUUGGCCGACUACAACAUCACUCUGGGCGACCUGAUCAAGUUCAUGGAGGAGUUCUUCGAGAGAAUGGGUGUCACCGGUUUGAGAUUCAAGCCCACUUACAACCCCUACACCGAGCCCUCGAUGGAGAUCUUCUCCUGGCACGAGGGUUUGCAGAAGUGGGUCGAGAUCGGGAACUCCGGUAUGUUCAGACCGGAAAUGCUCGAGUCCAUGGGCCUGCCAAAGGACCUGAGGGUCCUCGGCUGGGGGUUGUCCUUGGAGAGACCCACCAUGAUCAAAUACAAGGUCCAGAACAUCAGAGAACUCUUGGGCCACAAGGUCUCCUUGGACUUCAUCGAAACCAACCCUGCCGCCAGACUGGACGAAGACUUGUACGAAUAA